AUGGAGCAGCACCACCACCAGGAACAACAAAAAGAUCGGCCCGUCGAGCUGAGCCGCGGGGUUUCUUCUCCAAACCUCCCCAAGCACCUCAGCCAUACCGCCGUCAAUCCUGCGCCCGUCAACCCCGCCAACCCCGUCCUCAGAAGCAUCGCCCUCUCGGACGCCGUCACGCCGGGAAUUCACCAGCACACGUACGUCUCGGGCGACAGCUCCCGCUCCCAGUCGCCCAGUUAUUUCCCGCAAGGCGCCGAAGGCCCCAGCUACUUCUCUCUUUCCGACCGUCGACGGGAUCCGCAGCCUUCGUCCCAAUCCCAACCGUCUCAACAAUCGCAACCACAAUCACAACAACAACAACAACAGCAAGCCUCGUCCGCCCAAGACCCCUCGUCGCAGGCACAUAGCAACCUCCCCCAGUCCCCGGGCCCCUCUCCGGCCGCGAUAUCCUCAAACGCAUGA